AUGAACGCCGCAUUCCAGCCCAGAACAUCCUGCGCCCCUCGCGUGAUCGAUAUGACUGUGUCCACACGGCCCGGUCUGGGUCGGGACGCCCUGCCAGCCGUGGCUGACAUCCAGGCGUCCUUUGAAAAUACUCCACUGGCUUGUGGUGCCACAGGCACUGACAACCGGCGGCCGUGGCUGCUCGCCGCCGUGAAUUUUAACCGGAACGCCACCGUGACGUGGGCGGAGGGAGGAGUGUUUCCAUAUGUGCUUCAUUCACUGUCUCUCCCUCCCUCCCUCUUUUUUUUUUUUUUUUGCCUUCACACUCUCGUACCUCUGUUCCUCCUGCUGUCCUGUCUUCCACCCUUCCUCCUCCUCCUCCUCCUCUUCCCAGGUCGUUCCUGCCUUUUCCCCUUUGAGGACGGCUUCCUCGACGACGGCCACGGCGACCCCUCCUUGACCCCGGGCCUGAACUCGCCCACCCGCUGUCAGAACGGAGAGAGGAUGGAGCGCUACUCCCGGAAGGUCUUCGUCGGAGGCCUUCCCCCGGACAUCGAUGAAGACGAGAUCACCAACAGUUUCCGGCGCUACGGGCACCUGGUGGUGGACUGGCCCCACAAAGCCGAGAGCAAGUCCUACUUCCCACCUAAAGGCUACGCCUUCCUGCUGUUCCAGGAGGAGACUUCUGUUCAGGCCCUGAUAGACGCCUGCAUAGAGGAGGAUGGCAAACUCUACCUGUGUGUAUCGAGUCCCACCAUCAAAGACAAACCGGUCCAGAUCCGUCCCUGGAACCUGAGCGACAGUGACUUCGUCAUGGAUGGCUCCCAGCCUCUGGAUCCCCGCAAGACCAUCUUCGUUGGGGGGGUACCGCGGCCCCUACGCGCAGUGGAGCUGGCUAUGAUCAUGGACCGGCUGUACGGAGGCGUCUGCUACGCCGGCAUCGACACCGACCCGGAGCUGAAAUACCCGAAGGGGGCCGGCCGCGUGGCUUUCUCCAAUCAGCAGAGCUACAUCGCUGCCAUCAGCGCUCGCUUCGUUCAGCUGCAGCACAAUGACAUCGACAAAAGGGUGGAGGUGAAGCCGUACGUCCUGGACGACCAGAUGUGCGACGAGUGCCAGGGGGCGCGCUGCGGGGGGAAGUUCGCACCCUUCUUCUGUGCCAACGUCACCUGCCUGCAGUACUACUGCGAGUACUGCUGGGCCAGCAUCCACUCGCGGGCCGGCCGGGAGUUUCACAAGCCACUGGUGAAGGAGGGGGGCGACCGCCCUCGACACGUGUCCUUCCGCUGGAGCUGAGGCAUGGGGGGGUGGGAUUUUCAAAUAGGCCCCGUCCCUCUCCACUGCAGCAAGCCACCCUCCCCACCCAAACACGCCCAGAUCUGGAAGAAAACAACAACAACAACAACAACAACAACAACAAAAAAAGCCUUGGAAUAGCACUGCAAACCCGCCCUGCUCCCCAUCACACACCUCUACGGGAAAGUAGCAACCUAACAGGACCUUGUUCAUACGACGCAGCGCUGAACUCAUCCUCUAGGACCCCCCCUCAUAAAGCUCGGUGGGGGAAUCAGCUUAGAAUUUGCACUUUGGCACAAAAUUUCACUUAACACACACACACACACACACACACACACACACACACACACACACACACAGGAUCAUGUAUUUAACACCUGGCUACUUUCAGGUCCAUGUUCAGUCGACCGGUGGUGAGAUGAACCCCUCUACACACACACGUACUCUCAGACACACACACACACUGAGUCGGAGGUGGGACCAGACGAUUAUUUAAAAAAGAAAAAAGUAUAUAUUUUUUGUUUUGUACCUAUCUAUACAUAUAUAGAUAAUUUAAAUUUUAUGUAAAAAGGAGCAUGCACUUAUUUUCAGCAGCUGUAAUUAAAUUGCCCCUAGUAGAGAAAAAAAAAAAAUUACCAAAGGAAAAUUAAAUUAAUGCAUACAGAUAAAAAAAAAAAAAAAAAAAGGUGGCAAAAGAUGUAGCAAGAUUAACCAACUAUCCAGUAGUGAGGGCUCUUCUCGCCUCCCAGAGUAAAAACAGCAGGUGUAUUCAGUCUCGAUCCUGACUCUGGAAAAGAUUACCUCAUACACGCAAUCAGAUUAGUUUGCUUUGGAUUUCUAGGUCUUUAUUUUUGUAAUAACAUAAUUUUUUUAGUGUUAUGUAAAUGUAAUGCUGCAAUAGCUUUGCUGCUAAGAAAUCCGUGGUAUAAACAGAUACCAUACCUACUUUAUUCAGGCUGGGCUGUGAAAAUAAGAAACAACAGACAGGCACCUGGGUUAGUGUGCGAGGUGGAGGUGGAGGGGGUGGGGGCGCCUCCCCCCAGGCCAGGAUGAUGGGCGAAGGGCGGGGGGGAUUUGGGAUUGGCCCGAACUGCAUGUUUCUUUCAAUCAGGUUGCUGCAUGCAAUAGACUCUUCGAUACCAUGUCUACUAUUCGAUUCUGCCCAUGUUUGCACAACACAACUUAUAGACGUACGUUUGACUCGCACGAGACUGGACAAGAGGAAUCAUGGCAACCCUCGCCCCCCCCCCCCCCCUCUCCAUCCACCACCCCGCCCCACCCGCCUCGCCCAUCCUCAAAGCCUGCGUCGCCCGGAGGCGUCGCAGAGAGGGGCUUCCCGCACAAGACGACAUGAAGGGAGGGGCGCCGGGGGCAAGAGAAAAAAAAAUCAAAAAACAGGAAAAAAAAAAAACAAACAAUAAUCACAAAUUAAAUUAAAUGUAGGAUUUACCAUUUAAAACUGUCUGAUAGGUGAAGUACUUUUUUGCAGUGAUUGUUGAUAUAAUUGUGCAAUUUUUUAUACCGUAUGUAGUUAGGUCUGAGUAUGCCUAGAACUGUGAUUCGCUUUAACUGUCGUUAAUGUCCGACAUAGAAGUCCUGUGAAACUUCAUAACUAGUGUAUGCACACGUAUAUAUGUUCUCUUGUACACACACACACACACACACACACACACACAAACACGCAUACACGACACUCACACACGUUGCACCAGUACACAGGAAGCCUCUCAGCAAAACACACACAGAUACCAACCUGCACUCGGACGGCUGUCUUUCUCACGCACACGAAGCAGGCCUACGAACAUCCGAGGAAAAGACGCAACAAUGUGAGCUGAAACUGAGAACCGAGGUCUUUUUUUUCUUUUUUUUAAGUUUUACCCUUAUUGUUAUUAUUAUUAUUAUUAUUAUUAAGAUUAUUCCUGAAUUAUCUUUUGUUCCACCGAUGACAAAAAGCUAACGUUUACGUCCCGGAGUGCAACCAAAGAGCUCGCGUGUUGACUUUUUGACCGACCACCUCGAGCGCGGCGGCGAUUCGAUGAAAAAAUGACGGCAGAUCUUUUUUUUUUUCCUCUAUAUAGAAAUAUAUAUAUGAAUUUUCUUUGUGAAGAGGAGGAAUUGGAGCUGUAACAUGAAAACAUUGAAGCUACUGGAGACUGGUGGAGCUGAUAAACUGAGCCCUGCAGGCCGGGUGGUUCGAGGGGUCGUGCAGAUGUGUGCAAGCUGGAGUUACCACAUUUAUUCAGUUUUUUUUUUUUUUUUCUUUUUUCCUGCAAAGCUUGAAGUAAUGAACCUGCUAAAAAAAAAAAUAAUGGUGGAUAUAAAUAUAUAGAUACAUAUAUAUUUUUUUGUGUUUAGCAAAUGGUUGUAUAGUGCGCAGUGUAAACGGGGCUUGGGGAGGGAGGGAGGGGGGGGGGGUCAAAAGUAUUGGCUGCUGAAACAGGGGCGGCUCUGGGUUUUCGGGGGGUCGGGAGGGCCAAGUUACACUGGUUUUUAGCAGUUGUGCGGACAAUCCGAACUGGAUUCUACAUUUACUACCGUGUGUCGUCGUACCCUCACCCCCCCCCCCCCCCCCCAUCCCCCCUCCUUCAGUGUUUUUCUCUCCUGUACGUUUUGAUCGACCCGCCCAUGAUUCCCUUCGCGGUAAUCCCGUCUUAUCUCUAUAAGUUAUGAACAUCACAUCUUUUUUUUGUAAACUUUUUCGUAUGUUGCGACCCCGAAGUCCUCAUUUCUUAUGGAACUUUUUAAAAUCCUGAACUGUCUGGAUGGUCCCCUUUUCUCCUGAUUUAGUCGUAAACUGUCGGAUGUUUUGUUUUUUCUCUCUCGAGGGGGCGGGGAUAAAUCGCUAUGGCCCCGCCUCUUUUUUAUUUUUUUCUUUAGUCAUAAACUGUUUUCUUCAGAUGUUUUUGUUUCUUGUCCAAGAAAAAGUCUAAUUGAAACUACUAAACAGAAGAUCUUUUUUUUUUUUUUUUUUUUUUUACCGACGGGAGGAAGAAAACAAAGAAAAGCUUCACUAUGAGUAAUAAUGUCAGGCGUCCCGAUGAAGGUGAACUCUGGGCGUUUUUGGUGACCUUUCUUUCCUCGCCCAGACUGGUUUUCUAUGUUUGUUCCUUCUCUACGAUAGAUGAUCUUUGUUAUGCACUACUCUUUGUAUCCGAACAGUUUUCAGCAGUCAGCAGUUCUUUUUGUUAAAAGACGAAGAAAAACAAAAAAAAAAACAAAAAAAAAAAGGUAACGCGUGCUUUCUGACUGACGAGAUCUUUUGCAAUACCUCAAUUUUGAAAUAUAUUAGGAGAGAAACAGAUAUUUUCUAAGUAAGUUUAUUCAGAUGAAACAAAUAUAUAUUAAUUUAAUUCUUCAAGAGAAAUGAUUUAACAGAUGGUUGAUUUUUUUUUUUUUUUUGUCAUGCUUUUUUGUUUUGCAUUUAUUUUCUUUUUGAAAAAGACUAUAACUGAAGGAGCUAGAGCUUUAUAACUAAUAUAAUAAUGAUAUAGUUGGUGAGAGUACUUUAUGGCAGUGGAAGUGAAGGCUGGCGAGCGGCCCACUGGUUAAAAAAAAAAAGAAAAGAAAAGAAAAGGCCGAAAACAUCACGGAAGAAAUAAAAACUUGAUCAAACAUCAGGUGCUCGGAGAGGAAAACGACACAUAUUUCCCACCUUUUUGUAUAUUUAUAAUCAAAUCAUUUACUAUGCUGACCAGAGUUGUGAAAGAGAUCUUCUGUUUGUUAUUUUUUUAAGAGAAGUUUUUUAUGUUUCUAAAAGUAUGUGCUCCCUUUUGUUUUUGUAAAAAAAAAAGAAAAAAAAUAAUGGAGGGAAACUGCAGCAGCAGUGACGUGACCCCGACGUGCGACCCGGACGUCUUCUUUCACAGAGAGUCGCAGCUGGAGGUGGAGAGAAAAGAAUGUUAUUUUUAACACAGAAUAAUUCAAAAAAAGUCCAGACACAAGUGUUUUUUUCACCUGUAACUUGACCGAAAGCCCCCAAAAGGUGCAUCAAUUGACUGGUGGCCUUCGAUUCACGCAAGACUUGAAUUAGUCCCAUUUUUUUAAAAUAAAAAAAAAAAAGGCUGAGAACCUUGAUUCUUUGUUGUAAUGUGCAAUACUGUUUGUACUGUUUGUAGAAAAGAAGAGAAAAAAAAACAAGAGAAAAAAGAGGCAUAAAUCUUUAUUGCAGAAUUAUUUUCAUUGCAAGCAUUGUGAUUCACUAAAAUCAUUUUCUACUGUGUAUUUACCUACUCUACCUGCUAGUACCUUCCAGUAGUAAUGUAGCCUUUGUACUGAGAAAUUUUCAUUAUUUUUAGAAAGGUUUUGCUAAAAAAAAAAAUAAGAAUUUAAACAUAUUUACAUUUUUAUUUCAUAUUUUUUUCUUUACGGACUUAUUUCUCAACCAUUAUUAGUUAUUUCUGGGGGAGACUUUCAUAUCUGGUCAAUGUCAUUAAUAUUAUUUUGUAUUUUUACUUGGAAUAAAUUAAUUUUAUGAUGCUAAUUCUUUAAAAGUUUAUUUUUUUUAUUUGUUCACCUUUUUUUUCCAUUUUUUUGAAGCUGAGAAAAACAACCUUUGUAAUAUUGUUACUAAAGUGUCUCGUUUCUUGAAAUGCUAAGCUUUACGUGUUAACUCGCUGAUGUUGCUUACAUUAGUGUGAAAAUGAUCUAUGGAGAUAGAAAAAAAAAAAACAAACUACUCACAGAAACAGAUUGGUGGUUGGUGAUGUUUAAGUGAUUCGCAAUGUAUACAAAUGAAUGGGCAAUAAAAUAAAA